CUCGGGUGCGUUGUUUGGUUGUUGGUCUGCUCACCGAGCUUGGCAGUUGGAUUGCAAACGUCUCAUCACCAAUCGAGGUGGCAUCGUCCGUGCAUGGUUGAGUGGGUAAAUUCUUCCUCUUCUGCGCUCGGGUGCUUUGGUUGUUGGUCUGCUCACCGAGCUUGGCAGUUGGAUUGCAAACGUCUCAUCACCAAUCGAGGUGGCAUCGUCCGUGCGUGCAUGAGUGGUGAUCCAGGCUUCCCGAUAGGCGUUGAGUUGCACACCAUCGACAGUGCUUCUAUGAAGUGCCUGAAAUCUGGUCACAUUCGGUCAUGCUUCUGUGGCGUGCCUAAGCACUCAGCGGCUUUUUCUAAAUUGAUUGAUUUAUUUGGUUGUUGGUCUGUUCGCCGAGCUUGGCAGUUGGAUUGCAAACGUUUCAUCACCAAUCGAGGUGACAUCGUCAGUGCAGGGUUGAGUGGGUGA